UUCCCACCCCCAUCUGACAAGCUGUGAGGAGAAGUUGUUUCUCAGAUCUGAGCCUGAAGAGAGGGAACAGUCAGUCAGCUUCCGUGGUCAGAAGCCUAGCGACUAUAGAACUCUGAAUCGGGAAGAAGGAAGGGAAGAUGGGAAACGUACUGGACAGCAGAAUCCCACGGGGAUGUAAAUGGUCCUUGAGAGAAUAAUGUUACCCAGAAGCAAAGACCAAGUGGCACAUAUCUGAGCCCCAGGAUUGGCCAGCCAGAUGAAAAAUAGCCUGGUGGAGCCUACAUGGUAACUUUCUACCUUUGGUGCUGUGAUCCAACUCAUCUCCCCAUCCUUACAGAGAAACCUGAGACCAUGAGGAGCAGCCUGACCCUGGUGGGAACCCUCUGGGCCUUCCUGUCUCUUGUUACUGCUGUGGCCAGUUCUACCAGUUACUUCCUGCCUUACUGGCUCUUUGGAUCCCAACUGGGGAAGCCGGUGUCAUUCAGCACCUUCCGGAGGUGCAACUACCCUGUGCGGGGAGAGGGACACAGUCUGAUCAUGGUGGAGGAGUGUGGGCGCUAUGCCAGCUUCAGUGCCAUUCCAAGCCUGGCCUGGCAAAUGUGCACAGUGGUGACAGGUGCUGGCUGUGCUCUGCUGCUUCUGGUGGCACUGGCUGCUGUCCUGGGCUGCUGCAUGGAGGAGCUUAUCUCCAGAAUGAUGGGACGUUGCAUGGGAGCAGCGCAGUUCGUGGGAGGACUGCUGAUAAGCUCAGGCUGUGCCUUAUACCCCUUAGGAUGGAAUAGCCCGGAGAUAAUGCAAACAUGUGGGAAUGUCUCCAAUCAAUUUCAGUUAGGUACCUGUCGGCUUGGCUGGGCCUACUACUGUGCUGGAGGUGGGGCAGCUGUAGCCAUGUUGAUCUGCACCUGGCUGUCUUGCUUUGCUGGAAGAAACCCCAAGCCUGUCAUGUUGGUGGAGAACAUUAUGAGGAACACCAAUUCUUAUGCCAUGGAGCUUGACCGCUGCUACAAACCUUGAGCUUUGAAAGAAGAUCACAGAGGGUGGGAAAGGGGAGGGAUGGAAGCCCCCAAAAGAGGUACAAAUACUAGACCAGUUAUUACCCAACUGCUGGCACUGCAUGAGUUUAACUCACCUGUCAUUCACUUUCACUUUCCCUUAAGCCAGUGGGUCAGUGGCUAUUUACAAAAUUCAUCUAGAGCAAUGAUUCUCUCAAACAUUUACCCAACUGGCAAGUACUCACUAAACCUUCAAGUCCCAAAGCACUCCUUCAUGCAAAAUAGGAAGAUCCUUGCUUAAAAGGGUACUGCACAACCACGCAGCUCUUCAGAGUGCUACAGUUCCUGUCUACCACUCACCCCAAAGCUUGAGGCCUAGAUAAGAACAGUUGUGCAGGGAGAGACCAGGACGUGGACAAGGCUGGCUCCUACUUUUCCAUUCAUACAGGUCUCCCCCUGGUGUUUAUUUACUGUUGCUCCCAAACAUCUCUGAAAUACCACUGCUUAAAUUUUUGUGACUUUCUUAGGACUAUACCUUGACUCUUCCUUUUUUCUCCUCCUACUUUUUUUCCUUCCCAGUUAUAGAGAAGAUUGAGGGGAGGGUGACUCCCAUUGGGGAAAACAUUAAUCAAGGAUGCUUACAUACAGCCUAGAUCCCCUCCUCAUUACGCUUAAGAAUAUUCAUAGGAGUUCAUUUUCUGUUCUGACAGGCUGAUUGGCUGUAUCAAUCUGACAGCUAUUGGCUAUAUCAAUAUUUUUUUUCCUCCUAGACCUUUAGAGAUACAUAAAUGAUGUUUAUCAAAUGUCCUGAGAAGAGACUAGCAUUUGUUGGGCACUCAAUAAAUAUGAAUUCAUAACCAUGAUGACAGGGAUAUUCUGCUGGAUCCUUAUUAAAAUUUCUAACAGAGUUCACUUUUAUUGAGUAGGAACUCCACGGUGCCCUUUUGCCCCUCUAGUAACUCCUAGUGUGAUACAAAUUUUUCUGCCUGUUUCAAAGAGUGCUCAUCAAAUGAUCUCUCCUCCAUCUGGGGUGAGUUAGACGUGAAAGAGCACAGUCCUGAUGUGACUGAGGGCUGAUGUAUUUUUAGGCCUGGCCUCCAUCCCAUCUGUGCUCAAGGCUGACGGGUGGUGUAGAAGAACAUGAUGUCUCCUGGGGCACAAUUUGUAUUACUCCUCCCCCACCCAGUUAGUUCAGGCCAGCUCUAUUAUUCCAUCACUAUAGCUUUAGGGACUGGAGAGGGUCUGUGCCUUAAAAGGCAAGCUCAUCUGUUUCUAUUCUUAAUCCUUUUGACGUGGUUUAGUUAUAGUCCUACCUGGAGGGAGAGAAAUGAAAAAAAAAAUAGGUUUGAGUUACAUGCCAUCCUAGGAAGGGUCAGGUUCUUGAUUUUAAUGUAGGCAAAUGAAUUUAAGCACAUAUUCCAUUCAUAGUUCAUUCAUUUAGUCACUCAUUUAGACAACACUUCUUGAGGAUCUUCCUAUAUGCCCCAUCUAUGCUAAAUCGAGGGGAUAGAAGGAUAAGGGCACAGUUUCUCACCCUAAAAGGGACAGUGGAGAGGUAUUGAGAGGCGAGUUGAUAAAUAAUGGCCACUGCUUUAACUGCUAGAAAAGUGAAGAAGGGGGAUGAAGGGAUGAUAGAAAAGCCAUUAAACUGACUUGAGAAUGAAGCAGCUCAUGGGAAACUUCUUAACAAAGAUAGCAGAGUGUAGUCAGUGAAGGUAAAGAGUGCACUAGACAAGGAGAGGUGCCAGCUGAGGCAUGGAGCCAACAUGACAAUGACAAACAGGUGUAUAAAGGGAAGUGGCAAAAGCUGAAGCUGAAAAGGAAAGCAACGGCCAAAUCCUGUGGGAUGGUCUAUGCCACAAUAAGGAAUUUGGAUUUCAUUCUAAAGGAGGGCCAUUGAAAGAAAGGUGACACGAACAGAUUUGUGUUUUUUCAAAGAUCAGUUUGGCUAAUGUGCAGAGAAUGAAAGAGAAGAGGAAGAAAAUAAGAGAGAUUUUGAUAAUCUAGGUACAAAAGGAUCAGGUACUAAAGUGAGGUACUAACUGUGAGACUGGAGCAGAUAGAUGAAUUUCAAAGAAGAUAUUUAGGGAGUAGAUUCCACAGGACUUUGGGGGUUUUGUUGAGACAGCAUCUCAUUCUGUCACUCAGCUAGAGUGCUGUGGUGUCAUCAUAGAUCACAGCAGGCUCAAACUCCAGGGUUCAGGCCAUCCUCCUACCUCAGCCUCCCAAGUAGCUUGGACUACAUGCCACAUGCCCACCUAAUUUUUCUACUUUUUUUUGUAGAGACAGGAGUCUUGUACUUGCUCACACUGGUCUCGAACUGCUGAACUCAAGUAAUCCUCACCUUGCCCCCCUCCCCCAAAUGCUAGGAUUACAGGCAUGAGCCCUCCACCCCUGGCCAGAUUCCACAGGAUCUAACAUCUAAUGCUGUGAUCCCCAAUUCCCCGGCGGCAGACCAGUACCAGUUCGUGGCCUGUUAGGAACCUCACACAGCAGGAAGUGAGCAGCAGUGAGCAAGGGAAGCUUCAUCUGUCACUCCCCAUUGCUUGCAUCACCACCUGAGCUCCACUUCCUGUCAGAUCAGCAGUGGUGUUAGAGUCUAGUAGGAGCGUGAACCCUCUAUAAACGGUGCACAUGAGGGCUCUAGGUUGCACAUUCCUUAUGAGAAUCCAAUGCCUGAUGAUCUCAGUGGAGCUGAGGCACUGAUGCUAUAGCACUGGGAAGUGGCCACAAAUAACAGAUCAUCAUUAGCUAGAGGUUUGACUGCACAGAGACCCUAAUAAAUCAAGUGCUUGCAGAUUCCUAUCAAAACCACCCCCUCAGGUCUGUAGAAAAAUUUUCUUCCAUGAAACCAGCCCCUGGUGCCAGAAAGGUUGGGACCACUGGUCUAAUGUAUAUGUUUAGGUGAUGGCAAGUACGUGGGUGAUUCCUCCCACCAAGAUGACAAAUAUAAGUGGAAUAACAGAUAGUAGGGAACUAGUGACUGAAUUAAUAUCAAGUAUUAUCUCUCUUGGGGAACUGAAUUAAGUAUUUCAGGUGAGGCAAGGUGAACAUAUCUCACUGGGAAGAGAGGGAUGUUGUGCGUUUUCAUCCCCUUUACGAAAGAUGACUAAGAACAGCUAAAACAAAAAUGGAACUGGCUUAAACCUCAUUUUUAUUGUGUAAACUUAGUAACGCAACCUUAAUUUAGAAGAGCCCCGGGUAUGUAUUAGUGUAAAUAUUUAGGAAAAGGCAGGUCCCUCUUUAGAAGACAGUUGGAUCAGGUGAUCACUCUUCUCAGGCUAUGGAACCUUCUGAAAUUCUAUGGGGUAGAAUUUGUGGAAAUGAAUAUGUAAGUCCGAGUCCUGGUAGGAAGCAGAUGGCAUACGCAAGUUUAACUGCAGCAAGCUUAAUGUAGAGAUUAUUUGUGGUGGUGUGUGCAGGGUUAAGGGAGCUCGCAAGUAAUGAUGAGGCAUAGAAAGCCUGUGAGCCGUGAGGAUCUGUUGCCACUCUUGAGACUGAAGGGACCAGGGGAAGAAAUGACAUUAGUGGAACCCAGAAGGAACUGUGGCUGUGUGAGAGGGGCUGCAUGACCGGAGCUGUGGCUUUAGGUAGCACAAUGUGGUCUCUGCCCGCAUACAACACUGUAUGAAGGGAGACAGAAUAAAUCUCCAUAUUUCAUUCUCUUCCUGCUUUCUAUAACCACCAUUUGCCAGACCCAGCCAGACACCAGCUGGUACAGAAGCCUGUUGCCACAGUCCGUUGAAGUCAGCUGCCUUUGGCACAGAGCGUGACAGGGCAGGGCAGAGAAUGGAGCUUGGCAGUGUGAGGAUUAAAUGGAAAAUAACAGCUCAGCGCAUGUUCUUAGCCACCAGCACUACCAUCACAUUAUGCUCUCCCAGGAAGCACAGGCUUUGCUGCCCUGCGUGGCCCAGUUUCCUAAACACGCUGUGAAGUAGAUGGACCCCAGAAAAGGGACUGAGAAGGAAAGGGUUAAUUCAAGAAAACAUUGAAAAUUGUCACCUUGUAGAAAUCGUAGGCAGGAAUUAGAAUGUUUCCUUCACUUUUCUAUGGAAAGGGGACCAGAUUUACAAGGGAUUUCUCUCCUUGUCAAGAAACCAGGUCUGCAGGGGCUUCUAGUCAAAGUGGAAUCUAUCCCCAAGUUCAAUUUGAAUUCCAAUUCCUCUCUGCCUGUGUCUGGUUACUUUCCUGCCAAGCCUUAUUUUUGCAGCGAUGUCAGGUUCUUUCCACCACUGCCUGGAGCCUGGAGCAGACUCCGGGAAGCUGAGUAUACCUCUCUAACUGCUGUUGUCAGGCAGAGGGCUGAAGGAGUGAAGCAAGGACCUCAGAGGCUCUGCAGUUUGUCCCAUGCCUGGCUGGCUGUCUUGCUCCCUGCCUGUGGAUGCAGGUUUAGUGCUUAACCCUGAGUCCUUUCUUUCUUUUUUUUUUUUUUUUUUUUUUGGUGACAAUUUCGUAUUUUCUUUUCUUUUUUUUUUUAUUAAAUCAUAGCUGUGUACAUUGAUAUAAUCAUUCACUAUAUAUAAUCAUAUAUAGUGAAUAAUGAUGAAUAGUAGUGAAUAAUGAAUAAUAGUGAAUAAUGAUUAUAAUCAUAUAAUCAUAUAAUCAUUCACUAGCUUCACAGACCGUUUACCAAGUUUCACAUAUAUCCUUGUAAGAUGCACCGCUGGUGUAAUCCCACCAAUCCCCUUCCCUCUACCCAUCUCCCACCUCCCUCCCCUCCCUUUCCCCCUUCCCCCUAUUCUUAGGUUGUAACUGGGUUAUAGCUUUCAUGUGAAAACCCUAAAUUAGUUUCAUAGUAGGGCUGAGUACAUUGGAUACUUUUUCUUCCAUUCUUGAGAUACUUUACUAAGAAGAAUAUGUUCCAGCUCCAUCCAUGUAAACAUCAAAGAGGUAAAGUCUCCAUCUUUCUUUAAGGUUGCAUAAUAUUCCAUGGUGUACAUAUACCACCAUUUAUUAAUCCAUUCGUGGAUCGAUGGGCACUUGGGCUUCUUCCAUGACUUAGCAAUUAU